CUACUUUCUCUUUCUUCUUUUUUACUUUCUUUCCAUUCAUUAGGUCUGUCUGUACUAAUACUACUCCUCUCUUCUAAUUAUACUUAUCAGAUCAAUAAUCACCAAACUCAUCUUCUAAUUAACAUUCAUCUCUUUCAAUUACUACAAUUUACACCUACUAAUUUUCACACACACACACACAUACCUACCAACCUACCUUCUAAUUACACACACACACACAGCUGUCAAAAACAUACGGUAUUAGAUUCCAUCUCAAAUCAGCUCCAGCUCAAAUUUAUGAGCUCAAAUUCAGCAAUCAGGUCAACUGAAGUACGUUUUUGCGAUUAAUUGAGAGAUUUUCGGUUAUUAAUUUGAUCAACAUUUGGAAAUGGAGGUUAAUUGCUGCUUAAGUUUGGAUUUGGAUGUGUAAAAUGGAGAUGUUUUGAAUAUAUUGUUGCUGCUGUGGAAAGAGAUAAUGAGUUCAGAUGUUAGCAGGACCGGAGGUCAAGUUGAACGGGAUAUCGAGCAGGCCAUUACCGCUCUUAAGAAAGGGGCAUAUCUUCUCAAGUAUGGAAGAAGGGGGAAGCCAAAGUUUUGUCCCUUCAGGCUGGCGAAUGAUGAGUCUAUCCUCAUAUGGUUUUCUGGAAAAGAGGAAAAACAACUUAGAUUAAGUCAUGUCACAAGAAUUGUAUCAGGGCAGCGAACUCCAAUCUUUCAAAGGUAUCCACGGCCUGAGAAGGAGUAUCAGUCGUUUUCCCUAAUAUACAAUGAUAGGUCUCUGGAUGUGAUCUGCAAGGAUAAGGAUGAAGCUGAGGUAUGGUUUAGUGGCCUUAAAGCACUAAUUUCACGUGGCCAUCAGAGAAAUUGGAGAACAGAAUCAAGAAAUGAUGAGAUCCCGUCUGAAGCUAAUAGUCCGAGAACAUACACUCAAAGAAGCUCGCCUUUACAUUCUCCAUUUGGUAGUGGCAAUAGCUCACAAAAGGAUGCUAUCGAUCAGCUUAAUCUUCAUAGUCCAUAUGGAAGUCCUCCAAAAAAUGGCCCGGACAAGUCAUAUCCAGAUGAGAUUUUGUAUAAGCUUCCCCCCAAGGGUUUCUUUCCUCCCAUUCCUGCCAACGGGUCUGUCCAUUCAGUGUCAUCAGGGGGUUCUGACAGCAUGCAUGGCCACUUAAGGGGAAUGGGAGUGGACGCCUUUAGAGUAAGCCUAUCAAGUGCUGUUAGCUCAUCAAGUCAUGGUUCUGGGCAUGAUGAUGGAGAUGCCUUGGGUGAUGUUUUCAUUUGGGGUGAAAUUACAGGAGAUGGUGGACCCCACAAAGUAGGUGGUUAUUCUGCUACGAAAAUUGAUUCGUUAUUACCUAAAGCCUUAGAGUCAACAGUAGUCCUUGAUGUUCAAAACAUUGCUUGUGGUGGAAGACACGCAGCUUUAGUUACAAAACAAGGGGAAUUGUUCUCUUGGGGUGAAGAGUUAGGCGGUAGGCUUGGCCAUGGGAUAGAUUCGGAUGUUUUACAUCCAAAACUAAUAGAUGCUCUUAGCAAUGCAAAUAUCGAGCUUAUAUCAUGCGGUGAGUAUCAUACAUGUGCUGUUACCCUCUCAGGUGAGCUCUACACUUGGGGCGAGGGGCAUUUCGGUAUUCUUGGCCAUGGGAAUGAAGUUAGCCACUGGGUCCCGAAGAGGGUAAAUGGCCCAUUAGAGGGUAUCCAUGUUUCGGCUAUAUCAUGUGGGCCAUGGCAUACUGCUGUAGUGACAUCAGCUGGUCAGCUGUUUACUUUCGGCGACGGGACUUUCGGUGUUUUAGGCCAUGGGGAUCGGAAAAGUGUAUCGAGACCUAAAGAAGUUGAGUCACUAAAAGGACUUCGAACAGUAAGAGCUGCUUGUGGAGUCUGGCAUACUGCUGCAGUGGUGGAAGUUAUGGUCGGUAAUUCAAGUUCUAGUAAUUGUUCUUCAGGAAAACUAUUUACAUGGGGAGAUGGAGAUAAAGGUCGAUUAGGGCACGGUGAUAAGGAAACCAAACUAGUACCUACCUGUGUCGCUGCACUCGUUGAUCCAAAUUUCUGUCAAGUUGCAUGUGGACACAGCAUGACCCUAGCACUUACCACUUCGGGCCACGUGUACACAAUGGGAAGUCCUGUUUAUGGUCAACUAGGAAAUCCUCAUGCUGACGGGAAGCUCCCAUCAUGUAUUGAAGGAAAACUCUCAAAAAGUUUCAUAGAGGAGAUAGCUUGUGGGGCUCAUCAUGUGGCCGUUUUAACUUCAAGGACAGAAGUUUAUACAUGGGGAAAGGGGGCUAAUGGUCGGUUAGGUCAUGGAGAUACAGAUGAUAGAAAUUAUCCAACUUUAGUAGAAGCUUUAAAAGAUAAACAAGUUAAAGGUAUUGCUUGUGGUACUAAUUUUACUGCUGCUAUUUGCCUUCAUAAGUGGGUUUCAGGGACAGAUCAGUCUAUGUGUUCUGGGUGCCGCCUUCCAUUUAAUUUUAAAAGAAAGCGCCAUAAUUGUUACAAUUGUGGUCUUGUUUUCUGUCAUUCAUGUAGUAGCAAGAAGUCACUCAGGGCCUCUAUGGCACCGAAUCCAAACAAACCAUAUCGUGUUUGUGAUAAUUGUGUUGUUAAAUUGAAGAAAGCUAUUGAAAAUGAUGGAUCAUCACAUUCCUCUGUGAGUAGAAGAGGAAGUAUAAAUCAAGGAGUAACUGAACAAAAUGAAAAAAAUGAUUAUUUGGAUCAACGAUCCCGUCCUCGUCUUGCUAGAUUAGCUUCCAUGGAAUCUUUAAGACCAGUGGAAACUUAUUCCUCUAAACGCAACAAGAAGUUAGAGAUCAAUAGCAGCCGUGUGUCGCCAAUUCCUACCGGAAGCUCUCAGUGGGGAGCUCUUAAUAUCUCUAAAUCAUUCAAUCCAGUUUUUGGUUCUUCUAAGAAGUUUUUCUCAGCUUCUGUCCCUGGUUCAAGAAUUGCUUCACGAGCCACAUCACCAGUAUCAAGACGGCCCAGUCCACCGCCUCGCUCCACCACGCCAACACCAACUUUGGCUGGACUAUCUUCACCCAAGAUCAUGGUGGAUGAUGCUAAACGGACAAAUGAUAGCCUCAACCAAGAAGUAUCUAAACUAAGAACACAGGUUGAAAGUCUUACUCGUAAAGCCAAACUUCAAGAGGCUGAGCUGGAAAGAACUUCUAAACAACUGAAGGAGGCCAUAGCAAUUGCAGGGGAGGAAAAUUCAAAAUGCAAGGCAGCAAAAGAAGUGAUCAAGUCACUUACAGCACAACUGAAAGACAUGGCAGAAAGAUUGCCAGUGGGAGCUGCACGGGACCUCAAAUCUCCUUCCUUCACUUCUUUUGGUUCUAAUCUUUCUACCAAUGACGUCUUAUUAAAUGCUUCAGUCGACCAGCCUAAUGGUCCAAUGUCAUCAUAUAAAGAAUCCGAUUUAAGUGGUUCCAGCAACCCGUUAGUAUCAAAUGGAUCAAGCACCUUUGUGACCCGUAGUUCGGGCCAGAACAAGGCAGGGCAAUCAGAAGCAACAGCAAGAAAUGGUAGCAGAAGCAAAGAUGGUGACUCGCGUGGCGAAGAUGAAUGGGUUGAGCAAGAUGAACCUGGUGUUUAUAUUACUCUCACAUCCUUACCUGGAGGUAUUAAAGACCUUAAGCGAGUCCGCUUCAGCCGAAAGCGAUUCAGCGAGAAACAAGCAGAACAAUGGUGGGCUGAGAAUCGUGCUAGAGUUUAUCAACGCUAUAAUGUCCGACUGGCUGAUAAAUCAAGCGUAGGCGUUGCUAGUGAUGACUUACCACAGUGACAUGUAGAACACAACGUUUGUAAAUCAUUUUUCCUAAUUCUUAUACUCCAGUGCUGCAUUUUCACAAAGCAAAGCUCAUAUUGAUCCGAUUUGUUGGGUUUGCCACAUCGUCUCAUCAUGAGGAGGUUGGAAGCAAAGGUUUCCUACAACAAGAGCUUCAGUUGUGAUUCGGUUUUCCCUUUGUAGCUUCUUAUAAGUUGAUUCGUGAGUAUAGGGUUGAUGAUGUUGAUGAAUAUGUAAAUUCAUUGUAGGUUUUCUAGAAAGCUAUUGCCGUCUAUAUUCAUAAUUCCUUGAGGUUCUUUUUUUUAGCUUUGAAAGUUGCCAUAUAUCUGUAGAUCCUGCUGAUUGCUUUUAGUUUGUUAUAAUCUAAUAUUCGCUGGUUUUUGCA